AUGGCCGGUAUUGAGGUUACGCAAAGUCUUCAUUUGGGUCCUUGUACUGGUCGCCUCGGUAACCCCGCCGAACAGAGUUUUCUCGUCCGGUCGCCAAAUGUAUGCAAGGGAAGUUUAGUGCAGUUUGGGCUGCGUUUGAGUGAUGCUAUUCGAUAUCGACUCCUACGCUUUCGACGCCUCUCGAUUGCAAAGCAAUGUUUGGUUAACAAGAAAUUCUCCUCUUUCUGCUCUCUCUCCUCUUGCGUAGCCCUUAAGCUGGUCCGCUUGGCAAGUAUGGGUGUGUGUGUGUGUGCGUUUGUUUGCCAAUUAGAUAUGGGCACUGUGCUCUUGUAUAGUUUUCAUUCGCUCUUUGAUAAUGCAUCUGUCAGCCUGGCCGCGAAUCAGUGGAGCAGAAAACUUCGAGCCCAACCGCCAGGCCUCGGCUAUCGGCUUCCGUGA